UGAGUGUCGUUGGCAGUAAUACAAAGAGGAAGACAGGACAAGACGACUUUCAUGAGUUAAACCAAAAGGUGAGUGUUAACUUUUAAAUCAAAUCCAUUUACAGUCUCAUCAACGACCGAAUACAGCAGGACGCUCUCAGCUGUCAGUGAACAAUCAUUCCAUGUGUUACGUCUCUCAUUAUUCUAUACUACCAUUAAGCUAGGCAGCCUGUAUUCACUGUUAUUUCUGUUAUUUCAGACUUAGUUGCUCCGUGCUGUCUUAAUAUGCCCGCGCGUGUAGGCAUAGAUUUUGAUUUGUUACAUUUCAUUCAGUUGUUUAGUCAUCUUUGUUUUAUAAGGUAGUAAGACAUCUUGAAACAUACAUUAUGUCUGUUAUUUCUGUUAUCAGCUUGGAUUUGAGGGAUUUGUUUGUUUUGAGAGUGUAAAAUUUUAGGAUUAAAAUUUCUGUCAGAAAAGAGGGUGCAGAAUAGACUGGUGCCUUCAUGAUAGUAUUUCUUGCUAAACAUUUCUACAGAUGUAUUGAUUCUGUUUUAUUGUGAAUGUAGAGACUAUGUUAUGUUCAAUGUUUUGUACAGUGUCUACAUUGUACAGUUAUUUCCACCCUUAAACAAUAAUUUGACAUGCUGCUUCAGGUCAUUUUGGGUGAGAUGAAAAACUUACUUACUAACUACUAACUAUUUUUUUUAAACAAAGUAUUAUUCGUAGAUAAGAAUAUUUAUUCAGGCUAAAACAUUCACUGGUUUCUGACAGUAUACAGUAGAACCAACAUACAAAGAGGAAACAUCAGCAUUAUGUCAUGGAUUCUUUUAGUCACGUCUCUGUAUUCAUGUUGAAACAUGGAAAUUGUAUCAUCUAGUCUGUGGGUAGUAGGGGAUGUUGCCAUUGAUUACCUUUUUUGUAUUAAGUUCAUGUAGGUACACCAACAUCAUCAUUGUCAUCGUCCUCUACUGCACAAAAUGGCAUUUGCAACCUAUAUACAAUCUAAAUAAAAAAAUAAAAUAAAGGUUUUGCGAGAAUGUUUAUAAAUAUAAAAUAAAUGAAUAAAUAAUAUAACAGUUGACUUUGUUAUGCCCACUGCAGCUGAUAUAUGUUUUCAAACAAUAACACCCAUGUUAUUUGUUGUUUGUCGCUGCUGUUGCAAACUACCAAUGCAGGUGGACAGGAAUCCUUUGUGCCUUGAUAGCUAAGCUAGGCUAAGCUAAGCUAAGCUAGACUAAGCUAACAGAUAGUAGAGAAAUAUUUUUGCCAGCGUUUGAAGCUAAUAAAGGUGAUGACAAUAACUACCAGCUAAUAUAUUAAUCCAGUCUAUACUCAGCUCAUUGGGCAGCUUUUGUAUGUUUAAGUUAGCAGUAACAAUGUAUAGUUCCACUUUAGAGCCAGACUAACACUGAUAGACUAACACUGGCAUGAUGGGAUCCUCUAGUGUUCUCACGCAUUCCUAGACUGCAUUGCUUAACUAAACAAGUGUAAUUGCUCAAGAGCUGGUAUGUGGCCAGACCACAGUGACAGGCUUUGACAUGUCUGUGUCAAGGAGACAAAACAUUGUCACUUGGUUUUCCACACAAAAAAGAAUAAAAUACAAACCUGGCGUUCUCAUAUUCUAAUGUUGUAGUGUGCAUUUUAUCAGACAUGGGUGCGCGUUUGCCAAAAUGCUGUAUAGAGCAGUUCCACCUGUAGAUGCUUCAUGUGAAACUCAAAAGGGGUGUUGUUAUGUUAAUGUGUCUCAGUGGAGCCUAAAGGUCGAGCAGGGUGUGACUGAACAACAAGGCCUGCUCUGCCAGAAACAACAGAGAACAGAGUGCCAAUGUCAAACUCAACCAGCGAGGACCUGUACUGCCCCCUGCUACAGCGCAUGCGGGAGCACAGCCUCAAUAACAACAACGAAACCAAUGUGGUCGUGGUUUGUCUCCACGGCCUGUUCUCCUGUGUGGGAAUCCUGGAGAACGCAUUGAUCCUAUGGGUGGUCGGCUUCCGCCUGCGCCGCCGCACCGUGGCCUCCGUUUGGGUGCUCAACCUGGCCAUGUCGGACUUCCUGGCCACGCUGACUCUCCCUUUGUUCACCUUCUACUUUUCCUCCUCCCACAGCUGGCUGCUCGGCAACGCGCUCUGCAAAACAGAGACGUCUAUCUUCUUCAUGAACAUGUUCAUGUCGGCUUUCCUGCUGGCAGCCAUUUCGCUGGACCGCUUGCUAAUGGCGGUCAGACCAGUGUGGAGCCAGAAUCACCGGUCGGUGGCCGGAGCGUGGAAGGUGUGCGCGCUGGGUUGGCUAUGGGCAGCGAUUAACACACUGCCUUACACUGUAUUUCGCUCUGUUACUCAGAAACAAGACGGGAAGAAUUUAUGCUAUCAUAAUUUUGCCUUGAUAUCAUCCUCUCAAGCCACACUGGAGAGAGAUUGCAAAGUAAGGCAAGCAGCUACGGCCAUAUCCAAGUUGCUGCUCGCCUUCCUUGUGCCCUUGGUGGUGAUUGCGGCAAGCUACAUUCACAUAGGAUUCAGCCUGAAGAAGAGGGAGAAGAAGCGGAAGCAAAGUACCACCAGGCUAACGGAUGCACUGAUUGCCUCAAAUAGAGAUGAGGCACCAGAGACAACAAAAACCCCUACAGCUGCCAAGAAGACCAGAUUUUUUCUCAAUCCCAAGACCCCUGGUCCUCCUUUGAACUUGUCACCAACUACGUUGUCUCCCACCCCCUCUAAUCAGAUGAGUCAGGGCCUUCUGUCCCAGAGCUUCACCAGAAUGGUGGCGUUUGUCAUUGCAGCAUUUGCACUGUGCUGGGCUCCCUAUCACAUCAUCUGCAUCAUUGAAGUGACAGCCCAGUACUGGGACAAUCUGCACCUAGUGGAGGUGGGGCUGCCCCUGGCUACAACCAUUGCAUUCUUGAAUCCGGUGUUGAACCCCGUCCUGUACGCCUUCAGCUGCCCACACUUCUGCGUGAGAAUACGGCAGAGCCUGGGCGCCGUGUUUGACGGCCUGGUGGAGGAAGGGGGCGGCCUCCUGGCGAUGCCCGGCAGGAGCAUAAGGGCUCACAUACGGCGGAGGAGCAGUCGGGACGUGAGCCUCGGAACGCCGGGGUCACCGAAGGGUUCAUAUUCACCCCGUCAAUCGGACAACAAUCAGCCGCCCGUUCCACCGUCUUUGUCAUGUGAAGGUCUCAAAAGCCAUCACACAGAGAACGACCGAAAAGGAAACCAUGAUUGAACAUGACUAAGGUUGAAGAUUUAUUUGUCUAACGCUUCCACGAGUUUGACUUUGACCAUUUUCAAAUAUCUCAAAAACCAAUGGAUGGAUUGACAUUAAAGUUGGUAGAGAUAGAUGUUAAUUUUCAUCACUGGAUGAAAUCUCCUACUUUAAGGUAUCUUGGAGGCUAUUGCUAUUCCUAUUACCAGGAUUAAUACUAAUACACUGACGAACUAAACAGUUCACCUGCUUAAAUGUCACCAUGUUAACAGCUUGAUAUCAGUAUUCAGCUCAAUGCACUGCCACUCAUAAGCCAAUCGCUGCUUUGUUUUUUCCGCACACAAACAAGCAAAUGUCAGUGUGUAGAUCUGUAACAUUUCAAUGGAAUAACUUCAUUCCCUGCUCUCAAAUGUUUGUACACCGCAACUACAGUUUACACAGAAAUUGUUUGUCUGAUUUGAUUUUUAUUAGGGACUAAACGCUCAAAAUAAACACUCAAACA